AUGGGCUCUGGAGGAUCAGGCCUCCUCAGGGCCCCGCGGCCCCUGCCUCUCCUGCUUCUGCUUGUCACCGGAGGUAUGGCUCAGGACUCCCCACCCCAGAUCCUAGUCCAUCCCCAGGACCAGCUGCUCCAGGGCCCCGGCCCUGCCAAGAUGAGCUGCCGAGCCUCAGGCCAGCCGCCUCCCACCAUCCGCUGGCUGCUGAACGGGCAGCCGCUGAGCAUGGUGCCCCCAGACAUACACCACCUCCUACCAGACGGAACGCUCCUACUGCUGCGGCCCCCUGCCCGGGGACGUGCCCACGACGACCAGGCCCUAUCAACAGACCUGGGUGUCUAUGCAUGCGAGGCCAGCAACCGGCUGGGCACAGCGGUCAGCCGAGGCGCUCGGCUGUCUGUGGCGGUCCUUCGGGAGGCUUUCCAGACCCAGCCUCAGGAUACAGUGGCCACAGUGGGCAAGCAGGUGGUUCUGGAGUGUGGGCCGCCCUGGGGCCACCCAGAGCCCACCGUCUCGUGGUGGAAGGAUGGAAAACCACUGGCCCUACAGCCAGGGCGGCACGUGGUCUCCAGGGGGUCGCUGCAGAUGGCAAGAGCAGAGAAGAGCGACACAGGCACCUAUAUGUGUGUGGCCACCAACAGCGCAGGACGACGGGAGAGCCGGGCAGCCAGGGUGUCUGUCCAGGAGCCCCAGAACUACAAGGAACCUCUGGAGUUGCUGGCUGUGCAUAUUCAGCUGGAAAAUGUGACCCUGCUGAACCCAGACCCCGAAAAGAGCCCCAAGCCCGGGCCUGCUGUGUGGCUCAGCUGGAAGGUGAGCGGCCCUGCUGCACCUGCUCAGUCGUACACAGCCCUGUUCAGGGUCCAGACGGCCCCAGGAGGCCCGGGAGCUCCCUGGGCAGAGGCCCUGCUGGCUGGCUGGCAGAGCGCGGAGCUUGGGGGCCUCCUCUGGGGCAAAGACUACGAGUUCAAAGUGAGACCGUUCUCCGGCCGGGCUCAAGGCCCUGACAGCAACGUGCUGCUCCUGAGGCUGCCUGAACAAGUGCCCAAUGCCCCUCCCGGGGAGGUGACCUUAAAACCUGGCAACGGCAGUGUCCUUGUAAGCUGGGUCCCACCACCUGCCGAAAACCACAAUGGCAUCAUCCGUGGCUACCAGGUCUGGAGCCUGGGCAACACUUCGUUGCCCCCAGCCAACUGGACUGUGGCGGGCGAGCAGACCCAGCUGGAGAUGGCCACCCAGAUGCCAGGUUCCUACUGCGUACAAGUGGCUGCGGUCACGGGCGCUGGGGCUGGGCCCCCCAGUAGCCCUGUCUGCCUCCUCUUAGAGCGAACCAUGGAGCGAGCCACUCAAGAACUCAGCGAUGGUCCCUGGACCCUGGAGCAGCUGAGGGCCGCCCUAAGGCGGCCAGAAGUGAUUGCUAGCGGGGGUGUCGUGCUCUGGCUGCUGCUGCUGGGCACUGCCGUGUGUGUGCACCGCCGGCGCAGAGCUGGGGUGCACCUGGGCCCGGGUCUGUACAGAUACACCAGUGAGGACGCCAUCCUAAAACACAGGAUGGAUCACAGUGACUCCCCUUGGCUGGCAGACACUUGGCGUUCUACCUCUGGCUCUCGGGACCUGAGCAGCAGCAGCAGCCUCAGCAGCAGGCUAGGAGUGGACCCCCGGGACCCACUAGACUGUCGUCGCUCCUUGAUCUCCUGGGAUCCCCGAAGCCCUGGUGUGCCCCUGCUUCCCGACACCAGCACUUUUUAUGGCUCCCUCAUCGCUGAGCUGCCUUCCAGCCCCCCAGCCCGGCCAAGCCCCCGGACCCCAGCUGUCAGGCGCCUCCCGCCCCAGCUGGCCCGGCUCUCCAGCCCCUGGCCCAGUCCAGACAGCCUCUGCAGCCACAGGGGACUCUCUUCUCCCCGCUUGCCUCUGGCCCCUGUGGAGGCUUGGAAGGCCAAAAAGAAGCAGGAGCUACACCAAGCCAACAGCUCCCCGCCCCUCCGGGCCAGCCACCCUAUGGAGUUCUGGGCCUGGGAGUUGGGGAGUAAAGGCUCCAAGAACCUUUCCCAAAGUCCAGGAGCCGUGCCCCAAGCUCUGGUUGCCUGGAGGGCCCUGGGACCGCAGCUCCUCCGAUCCUCCAAUGAGCUGGUUUCGCGCCCUCUCCCCCCAGCACCCCUCGCUUCUCGCGGAGCCUCCACUCAGAGUCAGCAGACCCAGCCCUCGGCAGAGCCCCAAGCUCCCUCCUCCCUCCCACUGCCAGCCGCCCCCCUCCCCAUCCCUGUCCCCUCCAGUCCCCCCAGUCCCUCCAGCCCCCAGGCCUCUUCCCUCUCUGGCCCCAGUCCACCUUCCAGUCGUCUGUCCAGCUCCUCGCUGUCAUCCCUGGGGGAGGAUCAGGACAGUGUACUGACUCCUGAGGAGGUGGCCCUGUGCCUGGAGCUCAGUGACGGUGAGGAGACCCCCAGGAAUAGUGUCUCUCCUAUGCCAAGGGCUCCUUCACCCCCUGUCACCUACGGCUACAUCAGCAUCCCGACAGCCUCAGAGCUGGCGGACGUGGGCAGGGCCAGAGGAGGGGUGGGGUCCGAAGUGAGGGGCUUGCUAGUGAAGGCCAGCCCUCCACAAACAAAUCUACCCUCCCUGACAGAUGCCUCCUCACCUCCCUCCCCCCGGGAUGACCUCUUCCUGACCUCCACCCUCUCCCUGCCCCUGUGGGAGUGGAGGUCAGACUGGUUGGAGGACAUGGAGAACAACCACAGCCAGCGGCUGGGAAGGGGGCUGCCUCCCUGGCCCCCCGACUCUCGGAUCUCUUCCGGAAGAAGUCAGCUCAGCCGUCCUGAGCCCAAGGCCGGCAUGUACCUGAGACAGGAGACGGCCAAGAGGAGAAUCAAAACCACCCCACUGAGGAGUGUCAGUCUUGGCCUGUAUUCUCUGCAGCUGGGGGACCACCUUGCCUCGCCACCAGGACAGUUCUCCUUCCGGGAUUGUGAGAACAAAUGA